UUUAAAAUCCACAAAUGUCAAGGACUUCCUGUACAGCUAGGAUUUAUAAAAAUGCAUUAAAAGUGGGUGGGGGGUUUUCUUUAGCAAUUAUGAGAAUUGUAUUAAUCAACACAUUUUCCAGUUCCCCUAUCAAUAAAGUCCAUACAUUAACUUUACAUCCACACAUUACAUCCAGGUGGUCAACAGAUAAAGUCUAACAUUUUCCUCCAAUAUAUAGAGUGAGAAAGCAAAAAUGUUUAAACAUUACUGUUAGUUUUUUUUUUUUUUUUCGUGCAAGGAAUUCACUUGAUGGCUAUAUAUCGUUAAUUAAUUUGUCAAAUUAUAAUGCUUUUAAUUUGUAUGGAACCCACAUUUUUUCCCCCACUUCCUGUCACGCUCCGUCACUUCCUUCCCAACCAAGCUCUGCUCCGUUGCUAAGGAGCCCACCUUCAACACACAGUUUUUAGCACGCGGACAGCAACUCUAGUCACUAUAUUGACUUAAUCUCAAAAAUACCUGACUUUGUAACGUUAAUGUGCAGAAAAACUGGAGCAAAUACUACGAGGCCAUGGCGAAUGCCCACCGGACAAACGUUCUGGUCACUUCGUGUCUGAAAACGCCGGUAGACCCGCACACCAAAGCCCCGUUAGCUUCGUACGAGAGGGAGAGAGUCCUGCCGUUCGCGGCUACAAGUCAUGUGGACAACCGGCACUACGAGAAGGAGCUGGAGUAUGAGGACUCAGGCUCUGAUUUCUGUGGUGAGGACCGUUUGGGGAAGGGCGGUCCUCUCCUGGUGACUGACUACAGAGCAGCAGGAGACCGCCUUGACCUGAGUGAAAUCUUCUUCACCAACGAGGAGUACUACAGCAAGCUGGAGGAGCUGAAGAAGGCCCACCUUCGCACCAUGGCUGAGCUGGAGAGCAUGUAUCGGCGAAAGCUGCAGCUCAAGUCCAUGGAGCCUCUGGACGUGGCGACGCUGGGGACGAGGCACAGGCUACUGUGGUCGAACACCAGCCCAGCAGCUUCACGCCGUUUGAGGAAGUCGCACUCUGCUGUUGAACUCAGGAGGGGCUCCGGACAGUCAGACUCUUCAGAUGAAGAUGAAGCUGCCAGUAACGAUGUGGAGAAAGGCCUGCUUUUUUCUCCUAAAGAACACAUCAAGAACAUGUGGCGGGAUUUUGAGCUGUCCCCUCAUAAUGGCCACCUCUCGUUCUCCUCGUUGCACAGCCUGUCGGGAGACCAGAAGACACCAAGACAGGGAAAAGGAAAGAAGAGGCAGGGGCAUAAAGAUGGAGAGCAGGAGCCUUGGAAACACAGAGUGACCGUCCCGAAACCUUUCCAGAUGAUGCUGCGUGAGGCUGAGAAGCGAAAGCGUGGCAUAAAGACGCGUUCAGAGAUCGAACUGGAGAACGCAGAGCUGCGACGGCAGCUGGAAGAACUGACAGAGUGCCAGAGGAAGUUCCGUGCGAGCCCCGUACCGGCUCAUGUUCACCUCCCGCUUUAUGAAGAGCUGCAGGAGCGGAACGAGGAACGACAACGAUCGAUAAGAGAACGAGAAGAUCAGCAUCUUCAAACCAUCCAGAAGCCCUUCAGCUUCCUGGAGAGGGAGCGACUCAAGAAGGAGCAGAAACAGCUACAUCACCCGCAACCAUCCGAUCAGGAAAAAGUGAAACCCUUCAAGGCCAAGCCUGUGCCCAAGGCAGUGUACGCAGCAGCAUCAGGGGAGCAGAUGAAGGAGGAGCAGCUCUAUCGGUCUAUCAAGAUAAAGAUGAGAGCUGAGGAGAUGCUCCACAGUGCUUCGAUGCCGGCCAGCAUGCUCGCACGACGACUCAGCGAACGCAAGAAGACCAAAGACAGCAGCGCCGCAGCCGGAGGGGACAACGACUUCUCCCACAGGCCCCAUAUUAACAAAGAGGUACCUGACUUCGACGCCAGUUACCGACGCUUCCAGAAACACCUGGAGAAACAAAAAGAGGUGAAGCCCACGACUGCAUGCGAACCCUUUGAAUUGAGGACGUCACAGAUCUCUUCGCACCGCGAACGCAUCCUGGCCGACAUCGAGAAGGAGCAGAGCAGCCCUCGGAUGCUGCGCUGGCCGUACAUCAGCCCCAGGCCGUCUCGGACGGCAAACUCAAGUGUCUGUUCGUCCCUCUCUGGCAGCCUAGAGCUCCUGCCUACCAAAGUCACAGAUGCCACCAAAAAGCGCCAUGAGGCUGUGAGAAAGGUGCUGGAGCAGAGGAAGAAGGCUGAGGAGGAGGAGGAGCGGUGGAAGGAAAGGCAGAAGCAGAAGGAGAAGCAGCUGCAGAGGGUGGUGGUGAAACGCGCCCAGGCCAACGACCCCCACCUGGCUCUCUCACAGACGCACCAGACCAAACUCAAAGAAUUCAGGAAACAAGAGCUUCAGCGCAGGAAGGAGUACCGGCAGGAGAUUAAAGAGAUGCAGCAGAGAUUGAAGGGGAGGCCGCUGCUGUUGGAGCAGGUUGCACAGAGGAAUGCCAAACAGGCAGCAGAGAAGCGCUACACAGACGCCCUGCAUGGAUGUGAUCUGACUGAGGAGUUUAUCAGCAGCAAGGCGGCCAAAUCAGGAUCUGCACGCAAAGCCUCCCAGUCCAGUGACAGCAAACAGAGUGACGAAGAGGAGCCAGACAUGGGAUAUGAACCUGUUCACUACAGAAAGGUCUUCCUGGACGAUGAAGACGUGGACGCAGAUCCAAACGAAAGGGAAGGAGGGAGAGAGGAAGAGGAGAGUGACGAAACUUCAUUAAACCGCCGUGAUGGAGAGGACGCCGGCAGUCACCGCUCAGAUCAGGAUUACCAUGGAGAUGAUCACCACUAUUCAGAUGAAAGUUUCCACUACUCGGACGAUCAUGAGAACUAUUCAGACGACAGCGAGCAUGAUGCUGACACUAGGAGUUUCACUGAGAGGAACAAACACACACAUUCACACCUGGAAGCUGUCGAGUACAACCACAGUCUGAUCUGCUGAGCUGCUCCACUGGAGCGGUCGGGGUUAAGGACCUUGCUCAAGGGCACCUCAGUGGUGGUAAUGAGGGAGGGGCAGAAAUUGAACAGACGACCUCCCGGUCACAAGCUCGCUUCUCUAAUCUUUAGCCCACCGCUGCCCACUCUGACUUCACUCAUUCGCUAUCCCCUACAUAAUAAACACUCAGUAGAUUACUCUGUAGUGAGCAGUUCAUUGAGAUUUUAGACACUUUUGAAUCGUCAUUAGUGACAGAUGUAAUUUCUAGCAAAAUGCCGUACGUGUCAUGAGCACUUUCGCUCCAUUGUGGGAAUUUUUGAGUGCACAAUAAAACGCUUCACACUUAAGGAAGUGAUUUUGGACACAGCCAUAGGCCAUUUGCACAGUACACACUUUGACUCGUCAUAGUAGGACGAGCACAGGUGUUAUAAUAACAUUAUAAUAACAUUAACGAUGGCUCCUUCUAUUCAACGGUCCCAGUGAGCCAUGACAGUAAUGGCAUGUCCCAAAUCCAUACUACAUACUAAUUCUAUACAGUAAUUACUCCAUACUUACUCUUAAUAUACUGUUUUAGCAGUUAGUAUACGCACGCUGUCUGCUUCAAAUAUACUUUAUUUCAUGACCUAUCCAGUGCGAACACAGCACAUACUAAAAACCUGCUUAGAAUUAGUAUGUAGUAUGGACUUGGCAGCUAAAUGGAAUUCGGCCAUUAUUAAUUUUAUUAUUUCCAGAUGUGCUUUUCCUGCUGUGACAAAAAUGUCUUCCAUUAAAAGGCCUAAUUUCAAUGAGCUAACAUCUUACUUAUCUGUAUAUAUUUUAUAAUAUCACAAUUCUUCUGUUUUAUGUAUGUUUUUUUUGUUUACACAUGCUUUGGCAAUGUUAACAUCUGUUUCCCAUGCCAAUGAAGCCAAACUGAAUUGAAUAUAAGAGAAAAUAAAUAAAUAAUCAUGUUUCUGUAAUGUUUAUGGCUUUCAGUUAUUGGUUUUGUGGUACUGUAUAUACACUUGUGUUAUUGUCUGCAGCUGUGUUUUAUGUGCUGCAGCCUCUCUUGGCCAGGACACUCUUGAAAAAGUGAGUUUUAAUCUCAAUGAGUCUUUUAUUCCUGGUUAAAUAAAGAUUAAAUAAAAUGUUUUUAAAAA